AUGGAGGCCAGAGCUCUCAGCAUACUGUCUAAAGAGGUCACUGCUGGGGUAAACGAUUAUGGGCCUGUCAUACUGGCUAUGGGACCAGCUGGCAGAAAGCUGACAGGUGAACAGUGCCCUCCUCUAGAGGAGCAAAGGCUUGAGCACAUUUAUAAAACAGAAAAACGAAUCCGUCCCAUCAGGUCUUCAGCAAGAGCAGCCAUGAAGUCUAGCUUUGUGUUUCAAGCAGGCCCCGGGGGCGAGGUUUGCACCAUCCGAAGUUACCCGGGCGCCGGGCCGGGCCCUGAUCCGCCCCCGCCAUGUCCAGAGCCCUCCGCAGCCAUUGCCGGCGCGCCCGCUUCUCCCGGCCCUUCUCCCCUUGCGCCCGCCUCUCCCGGCGCGCCCGCUUUGCCCCUUGUGCCCGCUUUUCCCGGCGCGCCCCUUGCGCCCGCUGCCGCCGUGCCCGCUGCCGCCGUGCUCUCGUCGGACUCAGACAGUGAUACAGAUUCAGAUAGUUCAUCAACUACACUCUUCUCUUCGUCUUCAGCAGUAUCUGAUGAAGAUGAUCAUCCAAAUGAGAAGGAUAACAAAUCUUACUGUAUUAGGACAAAGGAUGAGUUGCCUAUUGAGGAACUGCCUCCUGUUGAAGACUUAUCAGUAAUUCUUCCAGAUAAUGUUGAACUGAAGGUCCUUGGGACAGUUUCCAGCAUCAUUGAGCAGCUAGUAAUAAUUGAAUCACUGAAAGGCCUACCUCCAGUAAAUGAGGAAAGCAUAAUUUUUAAAGAAGAUAGGCAAGCAGUAGGAAAGAUAUUUGAGAUAUUUGGUCCUGUUUCACAUCCUUUUUAUGUGAUAAGAUUUAACAGCUCUGAGCAUAUCAAAGAGAGUGGUAUUAAUGUGCAAGAUAGCAUGUAUUUUGCUCCAUCAGUGGAGGACUUCACCCAGUAUAUAUUUGCAGAGAAACUGAAACAGGAAAAAGGUUCAGAUGCGUCUUGGAAGAAUGACCAAGAACCACCACCUGAAGUUUUGGAUUUCAGUGAUGAUGAAAAAGAAAGAGAGGCAAAAGAGAAGAAAAAGAAGCCUCAAAGUCGAGGAAGAAAGAAAAUCAGAUCAGAAACACUUCCAUCAAGUGAGAAUAAUGGACUUCUUCAGUCAGUGCAACAGCCUGCUUCAAGUUACUCAAGGGGAUACUGUGGCAGAGGAUUCUCCUUCUCUAGGGAUCUGUUUCCUCCUCCAUCAGGCCCUCGAGGGUUUUUCAGACCAAAUGUAAGACCACCACAACUAUACUUUUCAGACAGGAGGAUAUACCAGGAAUCACCAGUGUUUCCACCACCUCAUAGAAGAGAAAAUCCAGGGAUGCAACAGUAUGCCUUUCCUCCUCCAGAUUUUGGUUAUGUCAAUGAUGUGCAUCAAUUCUACUCUCCGCCUCCAAAUAUGAACAUGAUGUGGGCAGGCCCAAACAUGUACAAUUCACCCUACCCAUUUCUGCCACUGCUGCCACCACCGCCGCCACCACCACCACCUCCCCCAGAGAGCCAUCCUUACCCUCCUCAGUUCAGGCCGUACUAAGAUUGCCUGCGUGUCCAUGUACAGCACUGCAGUUUACAGGGAGAAAGAACAGCCUGCCAGGUCUGCAUUCCCUUAUUUUGGAGAUGCUUUCUUUUACUGCAGUGCUAGAACAAGUGCAGAGUUUUUUGUGCAUUGUGGGACAUCCGUAGAAAAGUAUUUUUUUCUACAUAUGUUUUGUGUUUCCAAAAAGAAAUUUAUAUGAUUAAAGUAACUGAAUAUUAAGUAACGGUUUAUUUUUAUAGUUAUCUGCUACUUUAAGAUGAUAAAUAAAAGCCUUUUGGAGACUGGUA